UUCACAUAAUAUACCUCAAAGACUGUGAAAGUGAAGGACUAACGGGGUCAUUCAGUUUGAUCCACAGUAGCCAACGAACAACUAAAUGGCGAUGUUAGGCUGUUUGGUCUCCCUCAUAGUCUUAGUUCAGCUUUUCCAAGUUGCAUUCUCAUGUCCAUGCUCGUGGACAACCUGCCGUCACCAAUGGCGAAAUGAUUGGAGGCCAUCCAACCCACCACAAGGAGCAUGUGUCAACCAAAGAAGGGACGCCCAUUUUAUCUAUACUAGGCAUAAAAGUACAGGAAGCUGCCCAAGUUCCCGGGGAUGCAGUCACUCGAGUCAGUGGAAAAAGCUUUGUUCAUGCCGUGAAGUCUACUCCUGCCCCUACAACCACUGGACACGAUGGACUGGGAAUGUCCCCAGUGGGACGUGUAGAAAGCAGUCUCGUUUAAGAAGCUACAAUGAAGCUGUCAGGUAUGUCAUUAGACAGAAUUCCUGUGGUGGAAUAAAAAGCAGAUGUGGAGCUGCACAGUAUGACUACAGAACAUUCUGUGCCUGUCGUUUUGCAGUAUGUAGCCUAGGUCAGUGGAGUUCCUGGACAGAUCUUUCCAAACCCGUCAGUAAUGAUCAUUGUGCAUCGCAAAAGAGGCGACGUAGCUAUACUUUUACUUGGGCUUACAUGCCCAGAAGAGACAACUGUAAUGGCGUUGAACCGCAAAGUUGUCCCAGAGAUCAGGAAGAAACGAGAGAAAAAGUCGUUACGUGUUCGCCGCUACCAAGGCCCCCUAACGGAAAGUGGGACCGCGAAGACUGUGUCGUCAACAGUCAAGUGUGCACAAGUUAUUGCAGACUACAGUGCAAUAUCAGAAAUGGUUAUGAAAUAUCAGGAACCGAUGCCAGACGAUGUCAAACCAAUGGUCAAUGGUCUACGCCUUGGAACUCCUACUGUAAAGACGUUCAAGCACCUACAAUAGUUUGCCCGUCCCCUCGGGUGGUCGGCAACGACAUAGGCAAAAACAAAGCUCGAAUCACUCUACCAACAGUGGUGGCAACAGACAACGACGGCAAAGUACCAAGGGUGACUAACGAUGUUGGUGCAGCGGUUAAAGACUUUGAAAUCAAAGACACGUACCACAUUGUCAAAUAUACAGCCAUUGAUGAAACUGGUAACAAUGCAUCCUGCUUUUGGCAAGUCACGGUUAAAGAUACGGAGCGUCCAACAGCUGUGACUUGCCCAGAUGACAUCAAAGUCGAAACAAACCAGAACCUAAUACGCGUAAAUUGGAAAUACCCAACAUUUGUAGACAACUACGACAAACCACCGCUUCGAAUCUCAAGUAACAAAAACCCUGGGGUAUUGUUUCCAUGGGGAAAACAUAAAGUCAUCUAUACAGCAUUUGACCGGGCUAAUAACAAUGGUAGUUGUGAAUUCUUUGUUGAAGUAGGCCCUGUUAAGUGUCCAUUGUUCGACCCACCGCAACAUGGAACACGAGCGUGUAACAAAAACGUUCAGUCAUCGAACUAUGAAAUGUUCUGCAACGUGCAGUGCAAGAAAGGAUAUGCCUUUGCUGAUUCGACACCUCAACUGUAUAUGUGUGAAUCAAAUGGAAUUUGGAAAACAAUGACUAAUGGAGUUGCRACUCCUCUGGCUAACAGCGAAAAGAAACCUUGGCCUGACUGCGCACCCGAGGAGGCAGCGAGCGCAGCUAAGAAGGAGUUCACGUUUUACACAGGAGCUUGCAUAGGGGACGAAGGCCAAGCCUUGAAUCAGAUUCGAAAUAACUUCCUCAUUGCAAUUAGAAAUACUCCAUUGGCUAAAUUCUUACUUUGUGAUAUUAGCCAAGGUCUAGAUUGUGUGGUCAACAAUGUUAAAGUGUACUGUGGAUCGCGAUCUAAGCGGAGUGGAGGGUCAGAGACGCAGAGAAUCAUCACUUUUGAUUUUAUCAUGAGCGACACACAUCCAAGCGCUGACCAUCAAAUUUUGGUUGAAAAGCUACAAAAAAUGCUGAAGGAGCUUGGGGAUCUAGAGAUCUACCUGAAGACAAAACUUCCAUCACUCUCCAAUAUGCCAAGCCUUACAGUAGAGGCUAAACAGGCCACAGCAUUUUGUCCAGCACCAAAAGUGAAGAGGAUUUUGGAUGGUCAGGGCUCUGAGAUUGAAAGAUCAAUUUGUGUCGAAUGCCCAAUAGGGACACACUACAGCAACAACACACAAUCCUGUAAUCUGUGUGAAGUUGGGAACUACCAGGAUAACAUAGGCCAAACCUCUUGUAAGCCUUGUCCACCAGGAAAACUUUCGAUAGAACAAGGAGCCACGAAUGUUACUCAGUGUUAUGAUGCGUGCAAGCCAGGGGAAUAUGCACACGUUACAACAGGAGGUGCCGUUACUUGUCUAGCAUGUCCAAUAGGAAGCUACCAACCGAAAGCACUUUCCAAAUCUUGUCUCAAGUGUCCUCAAGGAAAAACAACCAGUCGGGUUGGGGCGUCUGCUUUGGAGGACUGCUCAUAAACAAGGAAGAUGUGGAUUCAACUCUUCAAGUAUACCAUUAGAAGACUGAUAAAAUGACUAGACUAUAUUGUUAAAUCCCUGAUUGUACUUGACCCUUUAUACCAAUAAAGUAUAUGUACGCAGCUCUA